GACUAACUUACUAGACUAACUCGAAGUAGAUAUGGACUAGUUCUGACCAGGAGCCAGUAGCCUAUGUAUUAGGCAAUUUCAGCUUAUGGCCAGGACAGGAAUUGGGUUGUUGCUGUCGGCCUACGCUGUAUUUCUCCUCUGAAGUUUAACAUUGGAAGUGGAAAUAAGUGUUGAAGGUCUAUUUAAUUGAACCAGAACCACACCGCAUAACUAUGUGAUUUUUCAGUCACUGAUUGAAUGGAAUGGGUUUUGGUUUUAUUAGCCUAAUUGACGUCAGAGCGUUGUUCUGUCACCAACUAUUUCGGAACCGGUGAGCGGUUGAACUCUGACGUCACACAAUAAAGACCCGAGAGGGAUACCAGGGCGGGAGAGAAGAGAGAGACUGGGAUAUGUUCAUCUGUUCUGCCGAUUUUUUUCUGCUGAAAAUUAUAACGGAGUGCCAGGGUGUGUGUUGGGGGUCACAGAAAGGUCGUUGCCAUGGGGAAGGACUACUAUAAGACGCUGGGUAUCCCUAAGGGUUCUAACGAGGAGGAGAUCAAGAAGGCAUAUCGCCGCAUGGCACUGAGGUUCCACCCAGACAAGAACACAGACGCCAACGCAGAGGACAAGUUCAAAGAGAUCGCUGAGGCCUACGAAGUUCUGAGUGACCCCAAGAAGAGGGUCAUCUAUGACCAGCUAGGAGAGGAGGGUCUGAAGGCAGGGGGCAGUAGUGGUCAGUCUGGGGUUCCUGGUGGGUCGUACCACUACACCUUCCAUGGGGACCCCCAUGCCACCUUCGCCUCCUUUUUCGGCGGUUCCAACCCCUUCGAUAUGUUCUUCGGACCGCACCGCAACCACCACAACCGCUCCAACGGCGUCCACUCCAAGGUCCCCAACGACCAUGACAUGGAAACAGACUUUGAUGAGGAAGACCCCUUCACCUCUUUCACACACUUCGGCUUCCCUGGGGGGGUCAACGGCUUCCCUGGCCAUGGCGGGGGCAGGAGGAGGGGGGUGCAGUCGGAGCGUUUGGGGGGGUCCAGGAGGCAGCAGGACCCCCCGGUGGUCCACGAGCUGAAGGUGUCUCUGGAGGAGAUCUUCCAUGGUUGUACCAAGCGGAUGAAGAUCACCAGGAGGAGGCUGAACCCUGAUGGCAGGAGCAGCUGUACGGAGGACAAGAUCCUGAACAUCGUGAUAAAGAGGGGAUGGAAGGAGGGCACCAAGAUCACCUUCCCUAAGGAGGGGGACGAGACCCCAGAGAACAUUCCUGCAGACAUCGCCUUUGUGCUCAGAGACAAAGGACACGCCCACUUUAGGAGGGAUGGCUCCAAUAUCAUCUACACAGGCAAUAUCAGUCUGAAGGAGGCGCUGUGUGGCUGUACGGUGAACAUUCCCACCCUGGAUAACCGCGUCAUCCCGCUAUCCUGUCAUGAGGUCAUCAAGCCGGGUACGGUAAAGCGGCUGAGGGGGGAGGGCCUGCCCCUCCCUAAGAGCCCCACUCAGCGCGGUGACCUCAUCGUAGAGUUCACGGUUCGCUUCCCAGACAGGAUCCCUCCCCAGUCCAGAGAGAUCAUCAGACAACACCUACCCCAGUCUUAGGACAACACCCCACCCCCCCAGACUCAUUACCCCCCCACAAUCCUCCCUUCCCCAACCCCCCAGACUCAUUACCCCCCUCCACUCCACCACCCCCCAGACUCAUCACCCCCCCACACUCCUCCCUUCCCCAACCCCCAGACUCAUUAUCCCCCCCCACACUCCUCCCUUCCCCACCCCCCAGACUCAUUAACCCCCUCUCCAUCCCUCCCCACACACACACAAACCGUUUUUACCAGUUGGACCCAACCCCUCUUCCCCCAUUUCAAGAACUCACUGUUUCUACCACACAACAUUACAUGGACACUCGUAUUUUUAAGGCAAAGGUUUUUUUUCUGGGAAUGACAAGAGGACCUCCAGUUUUAGGAUGUUUUUGUUUCUUUUCGCCCAAGCGCACACACACAGACACGAACACGGACACACACACGGACACGGCGAAGUGAUACGGAGGAACGGCUCAGCGUGGCUUUGGCUUUUACCGGAACUACUUUUCUUAAAGCUCUUUUUUUCUACAGAUUUAUCAAGGGUUUUAUACAUCCCCCUGACCCUCCUCUUCUUAUGGAUGAGUUGAGAGGAACACUUUAUUUGAAAAAGAGAAGAUUGUCCAGGAUUUUCCAGAGGAAAGUUAAAAGUGGAUUAUUUUAUUGUUUAUCUACCAGCAGCUUCAGUCUUUGCUCCCCAUUUUAACAUAAUCAUCUGUUUCUAAUGUUUAAUAAAGCAUAAUGUGUGAACUCUGUGUUAUCUGCUGGACAAGGCCACUGCUACUACAACAGCCACUACUACCAGAUCCUCCCAGUGCACAACCACUGACAUAGAUGUAUAGUUUGGCAAACAUAUCUUGAGAUUUGCUCACCAUAAUCAGCACUCAAAGUGCAAAUGAGCAUGCAGUUGUUGUGAAAGGUUUGGUUGUAACAUGGUGGACAGUUUGCUGAACUCUGUGUAUCUAUGUCUCUGGUCCAGACCCCCUGACUGGCUGAGAACCCCGACAGCGUGUGAUUCACUAUGGCCCUCAAAUUCAACUAUGGCCCUCAAAUUCAACUAUGGCCCUCAAAUUCAACUAUGGACCUCGAAGCCAGUUCCACUGCUCCCCCCCCCCCAAUUCUUAUCCCUCUAAUCAGGAACUGAUUUAGACCUGGGACAUCAGGUGUGUGCAAUUAAUUAAAAGGUACAACAGAAAAGCAGGCUCCGGACCUCGUAGGGUAAGAGUUGAAUACCCCUGCACUAUGGGUCAUCAUCUAGGUCAGGGCUUAAACUUCUGGUUUUCAUCCUCUCCUAAUCAGGGACUGAUUCAGACCUGGGACACCUGGUGAGUGCAAUUAACUACCAGGUAGAAACAAAAGACAGAAGGGUUUUGGCCCUCCAGAACCAGAAUUGAACCGUUUCAUCUAAGUCUGUCAUCCAUAGGUGCUUUGAUCCCUGUGGUGCGUCUCUCUCAAAGGGAAUGACUAAGUCUUUAAUAACUCUCCCUGCCUCAAUGAGAGACUGGUAAGUGCCUUAACGUGGAGACAUACACACACACUCAGUGUCCACAGGUUAAAACGCAGAGAAUAUGAAGACACAUUUCUAUGAAACUUUAUAAUAGGUUUUGUGAAACACAUUCAAUAUAAACCUGCCCAGAUAGCCAGGACUGAUCUACUGUGGAUGCAGUCUUUUGGCUGUGGGGAGUUUAGUGGGAGUGAUACUGUAUGCGGUGCUUGAAGUGAAGGAAUGAAAUAUAUGCUGGUACUUUAUUUUUGGUUCCCGGUACUGUUUCUAUUUAGGAGCUGGAACGCCGCAAUUCUUUAAAAUGAUUAUAUAUGUAUAUAAAUGAGUGCUGCUACUCAACCAGUAGAACAUUUUAGUUGUUGGUACUCAGUACCAGUGUAUACCGGCACUGACUGUAUGGGGGCUGCAGUGAUCUGUACUGCGCUGAGGGACCUAUCAGUCUGGUACUAUCAAACAUCACUUCAGGACUAUCAAUAUUAAAUGGAGACCCUGGUCUUUUUCUUGGUCUUUUUGACACUUGUAAUAUGUUUUCUAUUGAAGAAAUGUCUACUGCAGAGCUCACCAACCCUGUUCUUGAAGAACUACAGUCCUGUAGGUUUCCACUCCAACCAUAAUUUAGCUCACCGGAUUCUAAUAAUAAGCUGAAUCAGGUUAGUUACAACUGGGGUUGGAGUGGACACCUACAGGAGGGUAGCUCUCCAGGAACAGGGUUGGAGAGCCCUGGUCUACAGUAUAGAGGAAAUUGAAGGAAUAUGUAAGGAAACAGAAUCAUACUGUUGUUGCUCCCUGCCUCUAGGUUGUGCCAAAUGUAUUUUCAUGUUCACACACAGACACAGAGAGAGAUUGACAGAAAUCAGAGGGACUCAAUCUGAAUCUAAUGAUGCCUGUCAAGCAGAGCAGCCACAGGGUCUCUGGGAUAUGUGGAUGCGGUGGGGCUAAAGCAGGAAGUGAGCCUUGGCCUGGUGCUGUGUGAGAAUGUGUUUUCCUGCGACUGAGUGAUUCUCACUGUUUCACAGCUUCUGUACUUUUGACAAAGUUUCUCAUGUGAGUUGAAUUUUACAAUGACAACCAAUAAACCAAGUAUUGCGCUAUG